UGAAAUUAUUGAUAAAAAUAAUAUUGUAACUUAUUAGGUAUCUAUGUGUUAACGAUCUAUAUUCUACGUAACAUUGGCAAUCAAUAACAAAUCAGAAAUUAUCGAGUACCGUUGACCGUCAACUCGUCAAGACCGCUUACAUUUCGUUACAAACUCAAUAUCUAUUAUAUUAUUAUUAAAAGACGUGUGGUUUUAUAGUUGUGCAGUCUACACACACGAAUGAAGAGGGUUUGAUAAAGAUUUUAUACAACUAUCGCACAAAAACAAUCAAUCUCUAAAUAAUAUGUUGAUGUGAUGGAAACUGAAACAAUAGUAAUGAGUAGUAGAAGAAGAAUGGUGCUCAAACCACUUUCUGCUCCAGCAGCAACUUUACAAUGUAAAGUACAAAAUACCUCCAAUGAUACAAAUGAAUAUGAUAAGAUUCAACCACUGUCCUCACUCAUUGCUCCAAAAAACGACAGAAAAAAACUUUUGUUUCAAGAUGUUAUUGUUCCUGAAAUAAUACCUCCAGUGCAGCGUAAUAAAGUCUUAUUAUCAUGUACAAUUAACAGUGAUAUGUCAGUUUCUGAUGAUUCUGAUUCUGAAGAUUCUACAAAAACCAAUGUGCCUCUCAAUAAAUCACCAAAGAGCAAUACAAAACUAUACUACACUAUCAUUAUGUUUUUAUGUUGGGCUGCUGUUCAGUACUGGAUGAUUGCUGUAGUUGGUUUCGGAGCAGUAUUUUUUGCUAUUUCUGCUCUUAUUGCCAUGUAUUAUAACACUUCAAACUCAGAAAAAAAACACAAUGUUUUAAGUGCAUACUCUGUGUUUAAUCCUCAAUGUACACCUAUUCAAGGAUCUGUAGAUCCAAAACAAUUGGAACGUGAGCUGCUAUUUGGUUAAUUGUGAUGUUCGGUCAAUAAAUAUAAUAUUAUACUUUUUUAAUUAUUUAUGGUGUCUAGCCUGUUACUAUAAUUUAAAAAACACAUUUUUAUUUAAGUACGUAUUUUAACAUGGUCAUUUGUUUGUACAAUAAAAUAAAUAAUGAACAUUUUUAAAAUUUAUCUUAAUUUAGUAUUUUAUAUAAUUUUUACUAUUUUUCAAAAUCACCUUAAAUUCCAAACUAUUUUACAUUUUUUACAUUUGUAUUUCAAGUAUAAUGUUAGUGAUGAUUUGUUUAUGUAAAAUGUAUAACUUAUUAUUUGGAUAAAAAUUGCAAAUGAUUACUAUUAUAUUUUAUUGAUAUAUAUUUUUGUAUGUGUUUGUAUGGUUUCUUAAAUGUGUAUAAUAUAAGCCAUAGGAUAACAUUGAUACAAGCCAUAUUGUGGCAUUGUGUUAUCAUCAUUAUUGUGUAAUAAUUACAGUCGUAGUGAGUUCAAUAAUAUUUAAAAUAUAAUUGUAAUAUUUUUUUAAACUAUUUUUGUAGUAGGCAAUAAAUAGAUCUUCUAUUUAUUGAAAUGGUUUAAACUUUUUGUUUCCAGCAAACCCUAAUAUAAAAUAAUACAUAAGGGU